AUGUGGGAAGUCGACCCUGAAACCAAGACCAAGCUCGCAGCCCUGCAAAAACGCCCCGGAAACACAACCUGCAUCGACUGUUCCGCCCCAUCCCCGCAAUGGGCCUCUCCCAAAUUCGGCACUUUCAUCUGCCUGACAUGCGCCGGCCUGCACCGCGGCCUAGGCGUCCACAUCUCCUUCGUACGUUCAAUACAGAUGGACUCUUUCAAGCCUGCCGAAAUAAGCCGUAUGGAAUUGGGCGGCAACAACAACUGGAAGGGAUUCUGGGAGAGCAAAAGCGGACAGAAGUGGGGAAAGCCGGGGCAAGGAGGGGACGGGGAGGCGAUGCGGUUGGUGGGGGAUAGAUACGGAGGCGAUGAGGGCGAGGAGUAUAAAGAGCGAUUGGGGUGCAAAGUCGAAGGACGGGAGUUCUCCGGGAUGCCGAUCAAAGAGCGCAAGAAGAUGGAAUCCCGCGGCGUGGAAACAUCGACCGCGCGCACAUCGUCCCCGCUCGCCGGUGCGGGAGCACGGUCACAGAAAUCGCAGAAUGAGGAUUUCUUCGCGAGGAAAGGGAAUGAGAAUGCCACGAGGUCUGAUGGAUUGGCGCCGAGUCAAGGCGGGAAGUAUGGAGGAUUCGGCAGCGAGCCAGCCGUGCCGACUGCGAGACAAGGGAGCGGAGGGGCUUUACCGGGGGUGGACGAUUUCCAGAAAGAUCCCGUGGCGGCAUUGAGCAAGGGGUUUGGAUGGUUCACGAGUACGGUGGGGAAGGGGGCGAAGACGGUCAAUGACGGCUGGAUACAACCUACCGCCCAAAAGAUAGCAGAAGCGGACCUCGCGACCACCGCCCGCCUCACCGCCGCCCAAGCGGCCAAGACCAUCCAAACGGGCACCAAAGGCGCCGCCGAUCGCUUCAACAGCUUUGUGGAGGACACGGGCGCCGGGCCUUUGGGUGCUACGGCUGGGUCGAGAGGGGCGGUCGAGCCGGAACGGAGGGACUUCUGGGAUUCGUUUGGGGAUGCGGGGGCGGAGAAGAAGAGUUCAAGCGGGGCGAUCGGCACGGCGGCGAUGAGGAAAGGUGGUGGUGGGAGUGGGGGGAAGGAGGAGGGAUGGGGUGAUUGGUAG